AUGGACUCCCUUCGAUCGAUUUCGGACUCUUCUGAAUCUCUAUGUCCUGGUCCUCUAUGUUCUGAUUUCUCAAACUAUGGGGUUUCGUCAGAUGAUUCUAUAUAUGGGGAUCCACUUGCGCAACUAGCGAAGGAAGUCAAGCAGGAGCCGUUCACCACCAGUCAGAACCUACGAAAAUCCUUGGAGCAGAGGCACCGAGAUCUUUUGCAAGACCGAACCCGGGAUCAGUACCUUGCAUUCUCUUCUGUCACCCCGGCGCAAUCACACGAGAUCAGCGAUGAUCAGUCCCGAGAAAGCAAGUUUUGUCGUUUUUCAUUCAACACAGAAACGGGAAUCCUGGUUGCUAAAGUCAUGCCGAGCCGUGCUCAUGGACUAGCUAUAAGAUCAUUUGAUUUCCUCAUCUCUCUCGAGCUGCUCGCGAUGAAUGUUUACGACGACAUGAGGCCCUUCGGGUCAACGACAGUCACGGUCGGAAACUGGACGAAAGAGGCGGACAGCUGCUGGGCCCCGGCUUCAACAGAUACAAAACUGAGUUUCGUGGUGGAGGUAGGGCUCUCUGAGUCUUCACGGCGACUGGCUCUCGAUGCAUGCGGAUGGCUUGAGAGACACACAUCUGUCAAGCUCGUGGCUACCAUCAGUCUUAACGGCGAAACUUCUGAGAUCACCUUGCGCCAAUGGGAACGGGUCAGUAGGUCAUCCUCGCCUUCUGCGAGUUGUACUACAUCUCUCAAGAUAUUCCGAACCAGCAACACGACAGUCAUCACUGGAGAGUCGUCUUAUAAUGGCGUGACUACGACUACAAACCAACUCCAGCUUCCCUUUGAGAAGAUUGUGGGUCAUCCCUCUAGACAGCCAUUGGAGAGGGAUCUGGUCAUACCUGCACAGAAGUUGAUAGUCUUCGCGGAGAAGAUUUGGAGCGAACAAGGACUUCUACCCCGAUAA